GAAAAGGAUGCGCAUGCUUCAAUGUGGCAUAAUUCCAUGUGUUGUGAUUCUGGAUAGCCAAAUAGCUAACAACAAUGACAAGAAGCUGCCGUGUGGGGAAUCGUUAAUGGCUCGUUUCAUAUCGUUUUAUCUUGUUCUUGAUACCAUGUCGUGUUUUGGGGUGUUUUUAUUGUUGCCACGUCAUCUAUGCUAUUAUGGCUCAAAUUCGCUAGCUAGUUAACCAAUAAAUGUAACGAUGUAUUUGAGAGACAAGUUCUCAUUGUGCAAAUGUAUUUAUGUUUUCAAUAAACAUUGGAGACGAAAUAUAGUUUACAUGUUGUCAGCAAUUUAAGACAACCCCGUCUGUUUUGCCUUAGUUGUACAGGCGUCGGUUUUGUUGCUUAACAACCAACCCGUCUAUAGGCCUAUUAUUACUGAAUUCAAAUGAAGAAGCACUCCAGUCAACAAGAUGAAGAACAAACCUGGGAAAAAGCAACACAACAAAACCAAGCGGACUAAACACCAUCGAGACCCCAUCAAAACAGAGUGUGGAACACAGUCAGAUGAUGCUUAUUGCAAUAGAGAAGAACCAGACAUUAGCCAAUCACCCUACAUUACUAAAGGGGUUUGUAUCAGCUCCAUCCAAAUCAAAGAGGAACCAACAGACUUUGAACAGCAGGGAAUGGGAGAGGAACAAAACCGUUCUGUUCCUUCCUUCCAGAAGAAGGACAUCAAACAUCAAAAUACAUCCAGUCCUAUGACCGGAUGUAGCCAGAUAUCACGGAGUCCUAUGGUGAUGCUAACAAGAUUGUCUAAUGUGGUGGUUAAGACUCUUCUGCGAGACACUAAAGUGUGUUUGGUGAAGGAGGAAAACCCAGAUGUGCCCGAUGGAGUCUCUUCUCCUCAGUUCUUUCCUUGUCCACACUGCACCAUCUCCUUCACUGACUGUUACUUCCUGGAGAACCACAUGAAGACUAAACACCAGAAGCAGUACCUGGCUUUGUUCAAAGGCCAUGUCUCAACGAGUAAAACCGUGUAUGCCCCCACACACAGCUGUCCCCACUGUAGCUGCAUGUUUCAUACCCCACGGCAGCUACACGUCCACACCCGUCAGGCCCACCCCUCUCCCUCUCUGAGAAAACUCCACCCCUGCCCCUAUUGUGCCCGCAGCUUCCAGUACAUAGCCAGACUGCAUACUCACUGCAAGGUUUGGCAUAAAAUGGCUGUCGCUUUCACAGAUGGGUACCUCAGUUGCGCUGACUGUGGAAAGAGUUUCAAGAAUUGCUGGGGACUGGGGCCUCACCAGUGUCACAAGCCUGAGGACACUAAGCCUGAGAAUGGCCCUGUCUGUCUGAACAUUGGCAUGCCAUGCUCAGAGUGUGGUAAAAGCUGCUCUAGUCCUCAGAAUCUGCGCAUUCACAUGCGCACACACACUGGCGAGAAGCCUUACGUCUGUAAGGAGUGUGGCAAGAGCUUCUCAGAAGCCAGCAGUCAUUGCAAACACAUGAUGAUACACUCGGGUGUCAAGCCAUUCAAAUGCCAAGACUGCGGAAAGGAUUUUGCCCGGAUGUGGCACCUCCGAGUUCACAUGACCGUUCACUCUGGCGAGAAGCCUUUAUCCUGCCCCAAAUGUGACAGGCGGUUUGCAUACAGUGAUUCUUUGAAGCUUCACCUGCGCACACACUCAGGGGAGAGACCUUUCAAAUGUACUGUGUGUGGUAAAGAUUUUGCAGAUAAAGGUUAUCUUAAGUUGCAUCUGAAGAUCCACAGCAAUGAAAGAAACUACCAUUGUGGGGUUUGUGGGCUGAAGUUCAUAAACAUUGCUGCGUUGAAAACCCACCAGCGCACACACACUGGGGAGAGGCCUUUCCAUUGCACAGUGUGUGACAAGACAUUUUUCCGACACGCACACCUGAAGAACCACCAGCGCACUCACACAGGUGAGAAACCAUACACCUGUACUGAGUGCGGCAAAAGCUUCACUCAGUCUGGAGAUCUCACAAAACACAUACGCACCCACACUGGAGAGAAGCCGUAUGAAUGUUCUGUCUGCCAUGGCUGCUAUACCUCUUCAGGGGAUCUGGGCAAACAUAUGAGGAUCCACAAUGGUUCACGGCCAUAUCACUGCCAGGAGUGUGACAAAAGCUUCCGCAUGGUCGGCCACCUUAAAACUCACAUGAGGACCCACACUGGUGAGAGACCGUACUCCUGCCCCCGCUGCCAUCGUACUUUUGCUCGCGCCCACCACCUCUCUGGUCACCUGCCUAGAUGUUGCUGAAUGAUUAGAUUAUUUAUAUACAGUCAACUCUUUUACUCUUGUUGUAGUUAUUUAUUAAGGGAACAGUGAUGUACAGAAUAUGGUUUUGUGCCCUACUCUGUUGUGGUAAUGCCAAUAAAUGGUAAUGUCAAUAAAGGCCUCUAUAGUCUGUGAAAGAUGGCACGCCUGUUGUCUGGUUCUGAUGUAUUUUGUGUAUGUUUUUUCUUUGAGCUGAAAUUAGAGAGCCAUAUCACAUACAUUUCAAUCUCCCAGUAUUCUAUUGGUAAACCAUCAUUGGCCUGCACUGGCUCGUUUUGAUAUUAUACCAUGUUGUACAUUUCAUAUUACAAUACGCAAGCUAUUGAAGAGGAUUGAUUCAAUAAUUUAGGCUAUUUGUCUUUGAAAUCCCAGACCUAGGGCAACAUUGUCAGUGUGGGAGUCAACCUGUCUUCCUAUGGAGAAUCAGGACAGUAAAUAAAAGGGUAUGCUCUAUCCUCUUUACAACAGGUGCUUAAUCCAUUCAAAACUAUCUUCUUGCUAAUACAAAGACAACAAUUAGUUCUUGAUUGUGACCUUUAUUUAAUAGGAAAGUCAGUUAAGAACAAUUUCUUAUUUACAAUGACGGCCUACUCCGGCCAAACCCGGAUGACGCUGGGCCAAUUGUUCUCUGCCCUAUAGGACUCCCAAUCACAGCCGGAUGUGAUACAGCCUGGAUUCGAAUCAGGUACUAUAGUGAUGCCUCUUGCACUGAGAUGCAGUGCCUUAGACUGCUGCGCCACUCGGAGUCAGAACUGGCAUAGCUACAAAAAUUGCUGAUACAAAACUGAUACUUUUGGUGAGAAUUAAUAUUUAUUUAAGAAUUUAUGCACAUAAUCCAGGGGUCAUUGCUUGAUUGGUCAGGUACCGUGAAUUAUUAACGCAGGAAUGGAAACGCUUGUCUAUUAUGAUGACAAGAUAGUCAAGUGACCGCUCUAACAAUGGAAAGUUCUCCCUCAAUUAUGGAAGACAGGUGGGACCAUUCUAGCCAAUGAGAGGGCAGAUAUAUUUGGGCACAACAGGCAGUACUUUACAUGCUGACCAGACCGGACACGUCGCGUGCGCAAGCAUCGCAAAAUAAAUUUAGAAAUCCAUAUCUUUUAAUUAUUGCACUCACACUGCUCGCACGCCAACGAGCGUCUCUGACGCUAGGGGCUAAAAUAUAAGUCAUUCCCAUUUCUUUGUUAUACCCACGUGGGUGACUGAAAUAAGAACUUUGUUGCUGGUAGUCGUGGUAAUACAAUGAAAGUUUAGAUGGAUCGCCAUAUAAAUUCAAAGAUGAAAAAGGCUGGAAGGAGGAGAGAUGACUAAAUGAUUCAAUUGGCCGUUUUAUGUGUGGAUUAAUUGUCGGAGUAGAGGUCCUUGUGCAUUUCAGAAUGCAAAUGAAGAGGAAGAUGUAGACAAUAACCAAUCGACAAGAUUAAGAUCAAACCUGGGAAAAAGUAACACAAUAAAACCAAGAUGACUAGAAGUCAUCGAGACCCCAUCAAAACAGAUUGUGAAACACAGUCAGCUGAUGUUGACUCCAGUAGAGAAGAUUCAGACAUUGGCCAAGCCCACUCUCUCAGCAGUAAUGGGUUUACUUUCAACAUCAUCCAAAUCAAAGAGGAGGAAACAGACUUUGAAGUGCAUGAAACAAGUGAGGAAGAUAAUUGAAUCAGAUCAAAUUAUCACUUGGAUUCUAGAGCACUCCACCAGGAUUCUGGAACCAUCAAAACCAAGACUGAAACAGAUUCUGUUCACAUUAGCCAAGGAACGGUAGAAAUUAAGACUGAGCAUGAUUCAGAAAUCAGAGUGGUUAAGACAGAAACUCUAGUGUACGCCCCCUCACACAGCUGCCCCCACUGCAGUUGCAUGUUCCACACACCACAGCAGCUACUUGUCCACACCUGCCAGGUCGCGAAUUCCGACAACAUUGUGGAUUUUUUGUUGAAGACCCCGUUUCAUUCUUUGGAGUCCACAGAAAGGGUGCGAAUUAAAACUGAGGGUCGACCUCUGCCUGAAAUCAAGUACAUAAGGAAGGAUGACAAAGUGAGGAGGGCGUUCAAUACCAACUGGUAUAAAAAAUAUCAAUGGCUAACAGGUAGUCUUUCAUCAAGCCGCUUGUAUUGCUGGCCUUGUCUGCUCUUUGGAACGUUUGAGCCUUGGCCUAAAGGGGGAUUCAGUGACCUGAAGAACAUUGACCGUUCAGCUAAACGGCAUGACGAAUGCCGGGAGCAUCUCAACUCCUACGCGAAACUCAAGCUUUUGGGACACCCGAGUCAUCAUGCCAAUCAUUCACUCAAUGAAGGCCUGCGUAUUCAAGCUGCGCAACACAAUGAGAAGGUCCGAAGAAACAGGGAUGUUCUCAAACGCCUCAUUGACAGCAUUGCAUACUUAGGCUUGCAAGAGUUGGCUUUUAUGGGGCACGAUGAGACGGAAAGUUCCGCUAACAAAGGCAACUACAGGGAAUUGGCACAGGUAAUCGCACGGUAUGAUGCUUGCUCAGCAUAUGGAAUCUUCAACUGUGUUCACUGAAAUGUCAAGAACAAUUAAGAACGACUUGAUAACUGCUAUUGCAUCAUCAAUUAAAAGCGACGUUGACGCUGCUCCAUUUUUCUCAUGGCAAAUGGAUGAAACUACAGACCAUUCGCAGUUGUCUGUCAUUGUCAGAACCUGAGCCCUAGGACCAUACGUCAGGACUACCGGGCAUGCUGACACCUUGCUGUCCCCAGUCCGCCCGGCCUUGCUGCUAUUCCAGUUUCAACUGUUUCUGCCUGCGGUUACGAAACCCCUACCUGUCCCAGACCUGCUGUUUUCAACUCUUAAUGAUCGGCUAUGAAAAGCCAACUGAGAUUUAUUCCUGAUUAUUAUUUGACCAUGCUUGUCAUUUAUGAACAUUUUGAAAAUCUUGGCUCUCUCUAAUUUUCUCCUUCUCUCUUUCUCUCGGAGGACCUGAGCCCUAGGACCAUACGUCGGGACUACCGGCCGUGGUGACUCCUUGCUGCCCCCAGUCCGCCUGGCCUUGCUGCUAUUCCAGUUUCAACUCUUCUGCCUGUGGUUAUGGAACCCCUACCUGUCCCAGACCUGCUGUUUUCAACUCUUAAUGAUCGGCUAUGAAAAGCCAACUGAGAUUUAUUCCUGAUUAUUAUUUGACCAUGCUUGUCAUUUAUGAACAUUUUGAAAAUCUUGGCUCUCUCUAAUUUUCUCCUUCUCUCUUUCUUUCUCUCGGAGGACCUGGGCCCUAGGACCAUGCGUCGGGACUGCCGCCCGUGGUGACUCCUUGCUGUCCCCAGUCCGCCUGGCCUUGCUGCUAUUCCAGUUUCAGCUGUUCUGCCUGCGGUUAUGGAACCGCCACCUGUCCCAGACCUGUUGUUUUUCAACUCUUAAUGAUCAGCUAUGAAAAGCCAACUGAAAAUUAUUCAUGAUUAUUAUUUGACCAUGCUUGUCACUUAUGAACAUUUUUGAACAUCUUGGCAUAGUUCUGUUAUAAUCUCCACCCGGCACAGCCAGAAGAGGACUGGCCACCCCUCAUAGCCUGGUUCCUCUCUAGGUUUCUUCCUAGGUUUUGGCCUUUCUAGGGAGUUUUUCCUAGCCACCGUGCUUCUACACCUGCAUUCUAGCUGUUUGGGGUUUUAGGCUGGGUUUCUGUACAGCACUUCGAGAUAUUAUCUGAUGUACGAAGGGCUAUAUAAAAUAAAAUUGAUUGAUUGAUUGAUUGAGUGCUAUAUAUCAUAAGGCUUUGAACAUGUCAGAUGAUCCAGAGUUGAAGGAAGCGAAGGCAGAGCACUCAAGAUGUAACGCAGACGUACAAAUCACUGUACGAUUCAAUCCAUGACAACAUCAAGACACACAUAGCCCAGAGGUUCCAAAGCCUGGACAGCAGGAGAUACAUGGAGUUGUUAGAUGAUGAGAAAUUUGAGUCAUUCCGGAGUGAAUUCCCUGCAAAUGCAAUGCAAAUGCCUGUCCCAGAGCUAUGGGUGUUUUUUCAACAUGGAAAAACUGAAAAAUGAGCUGCAAGUGUUCUACUGUGGUGAGGAGCUUCAAGGAAACAGUCAAACUGUGUGACAGAAUCUUGCAUUUCAAGGAGUGUGGAUUGAAUGAAGUGAUGCCUGAGGUGUACCGGCUCAUGUGCCUAGUUGCAACUAUAGGGGCAACGUCAGCGGGCGUGGAGAGCAGAUUCUCUCGUCUGAAGAGGCUGAAAAGCUACACAAGGAACACCAUGGGACAAGAGCGACUCAGGAACCUGGCAAUCCUAUCUAUAGAAAGGAGAAUUCUUAAAUCACUACAGAAGAAUCCUCACUGGUAUGAGAGGGUCAUUGACCAGUUUGCCAACCAGACUAUGAGAAGAAGGGACUUUAUAUUCAAGUUAACAUAUUAAUAAAACAUUGUGCUAAGGUUUUUUAUUGCAUCUAUAUGUGGAAUAGAUUGUAUAUUUACGUAAAUAGUAUUUUUUUCCCGGCCCAACUGUGUUUUGAAUUGGUGUGUUUCCAACACUGAUUGAGACUGGAUGGUGGAAACUCCCUGAACUACUGCAAGGGAGUAUAAGGUCCCAUGAUGCCAGUGAUGUCUUAAAAGCAGCUUGUAGCUCCUGUUUGUAAGCAUGUGCACAUGUCCACAACCUCUCAUUCUUUCUCUGGAGACCUCAACCCUUCUCAUCCACUGCAGUCUGCGUUGACUAAAGCUAUGUGUCAUCGAAAGAUGUCAGUUUGUUUGACCUCUGCUGCUGCUGCUAAAGAACAUUAAAACUUUGACUAUUUUGGUGAA